ACUGGAAGCAACGAUCAGUUGCUUCACCGACGCCGUGACGCGCGGACGACCUGCCUCGCCGAUUGGAACACAACUGAAAACAGAAAUGAUGUAUAAGAGUUGGUUGGCUCAGACUAGUCGGGCUCUCACAAAGUCGACGGUGCGCAAGGUGCAUUCAAAGGUAGGGCCCGCCGUGAUAAACGAAUUGUUAAGUGAGAUGCCCGAUUGCAAUCAUCGGCCGGUGGCCUACGAAGGCUCCAGUUACGAACAGAUCCUCAAGACGCGGCGCAAUCACCUGACGCCCAACCUCCAGGCGCACUUCAAAAAGCCUCUCGUCAUCCACACCGGCCACAUGCAGUGGCUCUAUGAUCACGAGGGUCGACGCUACCUGGACAUGUUUGGCGGAAUCGUCACUGUCUCCGUGGGACAUUGUCACCCGAAGGUGAACCAGGCACUAAGCGAGCAGACCGCCAAGCUGUGGCACACGACGAACAUCUACAUGCACCCCAAAAUCCAUGAAUAUGCCGAGCGUAUGGUGGCCAAGUUCCCAGGGAACCUAAAAAGCGUUUGCUUUGUGAAUUCCGGCUCUGAGGCCAACGACCUAGCCAUGCUGAUGGCGCGCAUGCACACGGGAAACCAGGACAUCCUCUCCUUGCGCAACUGCUACCACGGAAUGUCGCCUUACACCAUGGGUCUGACCGCUCACUCCACCUGGCGCUUCCCGCUGCCGGGGGUGAACAACGGACUGGUGCACGUGAUGAAUCCCGAUCCCUACCAGGGCAUUUGGGGCGGCUCGAACUGCAGGGACUCGCCUGUGCAGACGACGCGCGAAUGCCAGUGUCGGGAGGGUUGUCAAGCUGGUGACGCCUACUACAAGGAGCUGGAGGAGACCUUCAAGUACUCCCUGCCGCGCGGCAAGGUGGCAGCCAUGUUCGCAGAGUCCAUUCAGGGGGUCGGUGGCACGGUGCAGUUCCCCAAAGGCUAUCUAAAGCGGGCGGCCGCCCUGGUAAGGGCUAACGGAGGACUCUUUGUGGCCGACGAGGUGCAGACGGGCUUCGGGCGCACCGGAGAGCACUUCUGGGGCUUCGAAGGCCACGACUACGUGCCCGACAUAGUCACUAUGGCCAAGGGCAUUGGCAACGGUUUUCCGCUGGCCGCCGUAGUCACUACGCCGGAGAUCGCUGCCUCCUUGGGCCAAGCCCUGCACUUCAACACCUACGGGGGCAAUCCCAUGGCCAGUGCCGUGGGCAUUGCCGUCUUGGACGUGAUCGAGGAGGAGCAGCUGCAGCGCAACUCGCUGGAGGUGGGCACCUAUCUUCUCAAAGGUCUGGCCGAACUGCAGCAGUGCUUCGAAAUUGUUGGCGAUGUGCGGGGCAAAGGUCUAAUGAUAGGGGUGGAACUGGUGGGCAAUCGCGAAAAGCGUACUCCUCUAGCCACGCCGCACGUCCUUGAGAUCUGGGAGAAGUGCAAGGACCUAGGCGUGCUGUUUGGACGCGGUGGUCUCCAUGGAAACGUGCUGAGUUUGAGACCUCCCUUGUGCCUAUGCACCGAGGAUGUGGAAUUCACCCUGGAGACAUUAGAGGCAGCCUUCAAGUUCCAUAUGAGCAAAAGCCCUCGGAGCUGGAGAAACAGCCAAAGAACUUAAAAGGCUAAUUGAACUAUAGAGCUCAUUUAUUCGCUUUACUUACAAACUAGUAAUUGAACAACGUUUUAGAGCAGCAUUAUGACCAAAAGUCGACUCCUAAGAUUAGCAUUUUCUGAGCGAGGCUUUGACUUAAUUGUAAAUAUCCUUAUUUUUAAGAAAUAAAUUGUGAUGUAGAGCGUUUUCUUAUGGGAUGCGUGGGAUACGAAUCCAUUAACGAA